AUGAGCCUGCUUCACUGUAUCAGCGGAGUUGUUCAUCAAUCCAAUAUGGCGUCAAAGAGCGCGCUCGCCCCAAAACUUUACAAGAGGUUUUUGCAAGUUUGCGAGCAAUGGCCGGUUGACCAAAAUCGUCUAGGAAGAGAUCUUGGAGAACACCUCAACAGAAACCUUGUACCACGUAUAAAAAAUGCUCAAAUUGACCCAAAAGAGGCCGAGAAGAUGCUCGACAGUCUUAUAAAGAUAAGUUCAAAUUACUACCGAAACAAGUACCCCCGUAAAAAAGAAACGGCCUUCACUGGAGAUAACUUACAGACUUGUAAAGAAGCAGCUUCAUUUUAUUUAUCGUCAGGUAAAUAAAAAUUAACCAUACUGUACAUGCUAAUUCUCACUUCAUGCCUUAGGUGUGAGUCUCACAUGGUCUGGUGGAGAACUUCAAUUUCACAUCUGCUCGUGCCAGAAUCUUGCACCUGGCUUGAAGAUUUGAGCUAUAACAACCUUAAAUAACACACUUUUAAAUUAUAUAAAUUCGGACAAGGGAAGAAAAGAAAAGUCUGAAUGUAUUUAAACGACAAAUUAUACACUUCCCCCAAUUUUUGGAACUUCCAAGGGAAAAGUCUGGCGACCAUGUUAUGUUUGACAAAACACCCUGAACCUGGGACUGGAAGACGUUAGAAGCAACAAGUAACCAAAAAGAGUACAAAGAUUCUGAGUUUGCCUCAUCCUCG